CGUAUUUAAAAUUCAAUUUUCAGCCGUGAAUUAAAUUUUGUUUGAAGUCAAGAAUCCGAUACAAAACAUGAAACUAUGUUUGACUGACACUUUCGCUGACCAUGACUUCGACGCCAAUCGCAACCAUACAUCCCAUCAAAUGGAUUCACAUUAAAAACACGACUAUUUUUAAAUUAAUUAUGUUUUUAUCGAUUUUUAUCUCUAAAUUAAAAUGUGAAGUACUUCACGGAAAGAUAUUAGAUAUGAAUAAAGUAUUUCCAGAGGAUUACGAUAUGCUUAUGCCUCCCAAAGAAAAUGGAAAGGCAACGAAAGUCAGAUUCCAUGUAUGGGUUCUGGGCUUGGAUUCAAUAGACGAGGGAUCAAUGACAUAUGUGGCCGACAUAUUCAUGUCUCAGAGCUGGAAAGACCAUCGCUUGAAGAUACCCGACGACACAGCCUUUUACAUGAACUCAACCAAAUCAUCUCAAUAUAGACUUUUGCCCAUCGGUUGGAUCAAAAAGAUGUGGAGACCCGACUCCUUCUUCAAAAAUGCAAAACAAGUCAUUUUUCAAGAGAUGACAAUUCCUAAUCACUAUAUCUGGUUAUACCCGGAUAAAACCAUUCUCUAUAUGGUUAAGUAA